CUCUAGCUUCCCAGCCACUUUAAUGCGCCUCAAUGCUGGUCCUGCGUAUAAGUCCUUCUAUUGCGAGCGUCCGAUCCAGAGCAAGGAACAAAUUACCGUUAUCGAACCUGUACAAUCACAAGCAAACCACCAGAGUGCCGAAUCUUGGACUCGUUACCUAGAUUUGGAAUGGGUAAGGCUUAUGCCGAAUACCUUCCCGAUGCAGGAGAUUGUUCGGACGAUGGGCGACUAUUACGCUGAUGAUCUGGAAAAUGGCGUAUCUGGUGAACGACCGUUCAUUUUUACCAUACCAAAAGGUAUAGCUCUUCCAGCAAGAUUAGUACUCAGAAGAGAGGGCUUGUACCAGUUUUCCAUACAGCCUUCUGAGCCCACCUCCUCUGAAGAUCUGGAGAAUAUCCUGAAAUGUUUCUAUUCAAAGCAUGCGAUAAAGCAAGAUUUGGAUGAAUGGCUCACAAAUCAUGAGUAUGCAGAUGCAAUUGCACCUGAGAACGAAAAUGGAUGGAUGGCUACAUAGUCUUUAGGCUUGGCCUAUCACCUUCAUGUAGUAAUAGGGAUGUUACCUAUCCAGCAGAUGUUUGGAAACGUAAAAAAGAAAUUGGAUGGGAUUGCUACCUUAUUUCGCCUUUGCGGAAAUCUACACUCAAGAUUUAAUCUUACAUCAACAUCAUACCGAGUUCCUAGCUAUCCUUUUCUUCGAGUU